GUGUGUGUGUGUGUGACUGUGUGGAAUGUGUGGCGGUAUCCUAUUUCUGCAGGAUCGACGCGUUUUCAACACGAAAAGGUUGUGAGACUCAGAAGGGCAAGGGCAUUUCGGUUGGUUGACAGCAGAUCGCACGCCCCUGCAAUGCAUUCCCAGGUGUCCCUAUUUCCCGGCAACGGGUGACGGUCGGUUUUAUUCCUCUCCAUCGUAACACAUUUUGGACGACAACAAGCCCCUCCUCAAACAAAAACCGUCGGUGCCACUACCAGCACAAGUGCGCUCUAGUGGAAAGUUUGUGAAUUAAAAGUAUAAAAGUGUACAAAGGCUACUGUAUUUAGCGCACAAGUGUGCACUACCCCUAGAUACACAAGUGUGUGGGAAGGUGAUUCAGCUCUAUCGAUCGUCCAUUGGUCUCAUCGUGAUCGUAUAACGUGAUAUUGCUCUACCGAAAGAUGGCUGACACGAUGGAGCAAACAAAACAGACGACCGAUGUCGUCGUGUACACGAACGGAAGUUCGCUACCGAGCGAUAAGGAGAUUAUGGACAGCAUGCUGCAAAUGCGCUUCCAGCAUGCCAAAAAGCAGGACCGCGAUUACUCCCAUCUAUUCAGGAAAAAAUCCCGCCUCGAACUGAUCCGCCUCUCGUCGGUGAUCGUCGGCAUCGAGUUCCUGUACGCGGCCGAGACGGCCUUCGUCACGCCGAUCCUGCUCGGCAUUGGGCUCUCGCACACGUUCAUGACGAUGGUGUGGGCGUUCUCGCCCGUUCUCGGCUUCUUCUUCGCACCGAUGAUUGCGUCCUUCAGCGACACCAUCCGGGUGCAGUGGGGCCGACGCCGGCCGGUCCUGCUAGCGCUCGGACUGGCGAUGAUGACGGGCAUGUGGAUACUGCCGCACGGCAAAACGAUCGGCGUCUUCUUCGGCGAUCCGGACGUACCGGUCGACCAGAUGGAGGGCUUCCGGUGGUCCAUCCCGGUCACGAUCAUCGGGCUUGUGCUGACGGAUUUUGACGCGGAGACGAGCAACGGCAUUGCGCGAGCGUACUUCAUGGACAUGUGUGCACCGGAUGAUCAGUCGCGCGUACUGACGACGGCCAUGUUUAUUGGUGGGCUGGGCGGUACCGCCGGGUACGUGCUCGGGGCGAUCGACUGGAGCCAAACUAACCUCGACAUCCUGGGUAGCAACGAGGCGACCGUGUUUAUGUUCGUGUUCAUCGUGAUGGGCGUAGGGCUGCUCAUCACGCUCACCAGCUAUCGGGAGGUUCCGCUGCCCUUGUUGGAGCGCGAUCCGCUGCUUCGGCCGAUCAACUCGAACGCUUUCGAGGCGGAAAAAUCGCGCCAGCUGGCCGUAUACAGCAUCUCGAAGGACGUGAUUCCGGAACCGAUCAAGCCCGAUCAGGAUGCUGCGGCCGGGAUCGGGGAUGACGACGACGAGAAGCCGCUACGGUUACGUGACUUCGUGCGUAACAUUGUGCACAUGCCGAAAAGUCUGUUCAUCCUCUACUCGACACAGUUCUUCUCGCAGCUCGGCUAUCUCAGCUACUGUCUGUACUUUACCGACUUUGUCGGGUCGGAAGUGUUCGGUGGGGACGUUGCGGGUGCGCCCGGUUCCCCCGAGCUUGCCCUGUACGAGGAGGGCGUCCGGUACGGUUGCUGGGGUAUGGCCGUGUUCGCCGUGUGCAGUGCGUCCUACUCCGCGGUCAUCGAGCGGUUGGUAAAGCGAUUCAGCGCCCGUCCAGUGUACAUGGCAGGGUUGUUGCUGUUCAGCCUCGGCAUGCUGCUGAUGGGGCUGGUCAAGGAGAAGUUUAUGAUCUUCAUCGCCUGCCCGACGGUGGGCAUUAUGUACGCGACAAUGUACUCCCUGCCGUACUUGCUCAUAUCUCAGUAUCACUCCAAAAACUCGUUUGAAGUGAAGGAUGGUAAAUGUGUACCAAACACUACCAAGCGCGGGUUCGGUGCCGACGUUUCCAUGAUGAGCUGCAUGCUUUUCCUCGCCCAGCUCAUCAUCUCGCUCGCGAUCGGCAGUAUUAUCGAUGCAGUCGAAACGAACGUGGUGGUCAUUUUUUCGGCCAGCAUAUUCUCCCUUGUCGCUGCCCUGACAGCGUCACAGAUUGUCUACAUGGGACUGUGAUAGAUAGCGGUUGAGCGGACGUACGGAGCCGGACAGUCUAACGACGAACGGGAAGGAAAAUGUGAUAAAAAAACGUAUUAUUAAAACCUGAUAAUUGAGUAAACGAUUUAUCUCCAUUUGACAUUGUCGGUCAUUUCUGCAACAUGAAGAGAAGAAGUGUUGGUGCGACAAUUGGUGCUUUGGAAAUGGCAAUAAAUAUACCUCACUCGGUUUAUAA